UUUCGAUGGCAAUUACUCGAAAUCUGGGGAUACACAUCAACCGCCUCCAACGGGGUUAACCGACGACGAUGGCGAAGCGAGGACGGUCGGGCGGCGGGUGGUGGAGGAGUACGAGACCAUAGAGGGAAAUCAGUGUCAACGGCCGUUUCGAGAGGCCGUCCUUUUGAUUAUAGUGGAGCAGAGGACGGCGUGACGAUGCUCACACCGAAGGAAAGGGUAGAGGUUGAGAGAGACGUCGAUGUCAAUUGCAGCGUAAAGAGCGGUGGAUAUGGUCAGUGUGCUAUGCCGGAUGUGGUUAGCCCCAUCAUGGGUGACAUCUCAUCCCCAAUCCCACGUCUAUCCAACAUCUCAUGUAUUGGUUCUAUGCUGAUUGACCCCUGCUAUCCUGCAUCCAUCCUUGUCUACGGCCUCAGGGCGAAUACUCAGACUACAAUACAUGAGUCUACUCUACACAGUAGAGUCUAUAGUACCCCCGCGCUAUGGUCGUGGGACCUUUGCACCAAUUCCUCUUUGGUUCAAUCUUGUAGGCCGCCUAUGCCAGAUGCACGUCGUACGUACUUGGCCAACUUGCUGUUCGGCAUCGUGCGGCACCAUAGACGCGCAGGACAUGGCUUUGCAGAAUGGCCCCAAAUGCCCCAUGACAAGGUGAUAUUGCCCAUAUGCAGAUGAUUCCGUCGUAUCCAGGCCACUUUCGGAUGGGGCCCGAAGCGCAAGGCAGACUUAAUUGUAAUGGGUAGUACACCCUCGAAGAUCACUAACUCAUGAGGGGCAAACAGACAAUGUAAGAAUACUGGUAUCGAUCCAUCGAUCUGGAUUGUUUGUAAUCUAAAAGAAGUGAUUGAAAAGAUUGUAUCCCGUCCCUAAGUAGUCAAAAGAAAGUAAGAAAAAGAAAAAUCCAAAAGAUACUCCGACGCUCCAAUUGCGAUGCAGCCAGGUUCCCGUGACC